CUCCUCCUCCUCCUCCUGCUGCUCGCCCUGCGCCGCCGCGCACGGAGCAUGGCGGUGCCGAGGCUCCUGCGGGCGGCAGCCCCGCGGCUCUGCAGCACCGUGGUGGCCCCGGCGCCGGCCCGCCAGCGCAGCGAGGCGGACGACAGGCUGAUCACCGAGCCUCUCAGCCACCCCGACUUCUUCAACGUGAAGGAGCUCUUCUCCCUGAAAGAUCUCUUUGAUGCCCGGGUGCACUUGGGUCACAAAAAGGGAUGCCGGCAUAGGUUCAUGGAGCCCUACAUCUUCGGCUGCCGCCUCGGCCAGGAUAUCAUCGACUUGGAUCAGACCAUGCAGCACCUCCAGCUGGCUCUCAACUUCACAGCGCACAUCGCCUACCGCAAAGGCAUCAUCCUCUUCGUCACCCGCAACCGCCAGUUCAGCCACCUCGUAGAGAGCACGGCCCGCGAGUGCGGGGAGUAUGCCCACACCCGCUACUGGCAGGGCGGCCUGCUCACCAACGCCCACGUCCAGUUCGGGCCUGGCGUCCGCCUGCCCGACCUCCUCGUCUUCCUCAGCAGCCUGAACAACGUCUUUGAGCCCCAUGUGGCCAUCCGGGAUGCUGCCAAAAUGAACAUCCCCACGGUGGGAGUGGUGGACACAAAUUGCAACCCCUGCCUGAUCACCUACCCCAUCCCCGGCAACGACGACAGCCCCACGGCCAUGGAGCUCUACUGCAAGCUCUUCAAGAUGACCAUCAUUCGUGCCAAGGACAAGAGGAAGCAGAACGAGGUCUUCUACGAGCUGCAGAGCAAAGCGGAGGGUGCUUAGAGCCGCUUCGCUCUCACGCUGGUCUAGGGACAGAAGUGACCGUGCCCAGCAGCUUGACGUAUCUUCCCCACUGACAAGGGGCAUGAGGAGAUGAGGCGUCCUGCUCCACUCCCACAGGUGCUGGGGUCUGAUCCUGCACCAGGAGCCUAGCCACUGGCUUUUGGCAGAGCAGGGCUGGUUGCUACAAGGGACCCUCCAGCUCUGCUGCUGUGCAGAAAUCCUUCAGCAGUAACCGCUGCGGAGGAUGCGCCUGUGAAGGAACUUCCCUGUUCCACUCUCCCCUCCAAAAAAAAAAAAAAAAAGCUGGGCAGAGCGAUCCAAGGGGAGAUGGAGCAGGGCCAGUCCCGAUUCCUUUCCUUGUAUUUGUCCGUGGUGCAAGGAGACACUUCUGUCCUGUGGCCUUCCAAUUUCUGAGCGUGUGAUCUUCUAUGAAACCACAUUUCUUCUUGAUGUGUCAAAUAAAGUGGUCUUUUAUCCUU